AUGAUCAAGAUCUCAAAAUCAUGUCACGCACUAGAAGUCUCCACAAACAUCGCGUCAGAAAGCUUCGAAUCACUCAGAACGGAUACCAUGGACCACGCGAAGGGCAACCAAAUCCAACUCGUAUCAACAGCGCGAAUGGUCGAGAAAACCGGAAAGGAUUUCCUGGACCAACAACGAGCAAUUGCCCGCUUGAACUCCAGGACCCUGGAACAACAGAACGAAGCUAACAAACAACUGUGUUCCAACCAAAUCGAGCUCAAGAAGCUGAGGAAAACAAUCGAAGCUCUCACAAAUGAACACGGCAAACUCCGCGCAGUGGUCAACAAGAACUACAACCAGCUCCAUUUUGGACAUGCUCAAAACCACGAACGAUCACAUCAGGUCACAACAACAUCUGACUCUCAACUCAGCCUACACACAGCACAUUCGUCAGCUUCCAACGCGCACACGAAGUUCUAA